AUGGACGCCGAUAAGUUAGCUCGUCUUCAGAAGUCCGUCAGAAUCGGCGGUAAGGGUACUCCUCGUCGUAAGGUCAAGAGAACCGCCAAGAACACCGAGGGCGAUGACAAGAAGCUCCAAGCCGCUCUUCAAAAGGUCCAAGUUCAACCCAUCACCGGUAUUGAGUCGGUUAACAUGUUCAAGGACGACGGCACUGUUCUGCACUUCCCCCGUGCCUCUGUUCAAGCCUCUGUUCCUUCCAACACAUUUGCCAUCACCGGUAACCCCGUUGAGAAGACCAUGAGCGAGAUGCUUCCCGAGGUCCUUUCUUCCAUGGGUCCUGAGUCUUUGGAGCAAUUGCGUCAACUCACCGAGCAACUCAAGGCCGGUACCGGUGCUAAGGAGGCCGAGGACGACGAUAUUCCCGAGCUCGUCGAGGGCGAGAACUUCGAGGACCGUGUCGACUAA